AUGAAUAAUAGUAGAAGUUACGAAAAUAAUUUAGAUACAAAUAGUGAUAAGUCAAUUCAUAACAACAAAGAUUAUUUGGAUUUAGAUAACUUUGAUGAUGAAAGUGUCUAUGAUUUAACACAAGAUAAUGAAAAUAGUGAUUUAAUUCAAGGUGCUAGUUUAGAUACGGGUAAAAAUUAUAAUGAAGUGGAUCUGUUUUAUGAAAAUAAAACU